UGUGUUAUCAGUCCAGACAACGACUACUCAUAGAACACAGAUUAAGCUCCAGCUUUUCUUUUCUUCAAUUUAAAGUUUUAUUCUGAAUCUAAAAGUCAAAAUGCGUUCUAUUCUCGUCUUGGGUUUAAUUGUUGCCGCUUUUGCCGUCUACACCUCAGCACAACCUUAUCAGUUACAAUACGAGGAAGAUGGUCCUGGAUACGCACUGGAACUCCCUAGCGAAGAAGAAGGACUUCCUAGCCAAGUAGUGGAACAACAUUACCGGGCGAAACGUGCAACCUGUGACCUCUUGAGUCCCUUCAAAGUGGGUCAUGCUGCCUGCGCACUUCAUUGUAUUGCCAUGGGACGACGAGGAGGCUGGUGCGAUGGUCGAGCCGUUUGUAAUUGCAGACGCUAAUCUAAAGUGAUUGUAUUACUAAUAGAGCUCUAGUUUGUUAUUUAUUCACAAAAUUUUUAUUAUUUAUCAAUUGUUGAUUGCUGUUUUGAAUAAAUUGUUGUUUUAGUUCUGGAAAAAUAAAUUUUUGUUAUGGUUGUGCAAAAGA